UACUUCUAUUUCGAAAUAACAACAUAGUCAUUAUAUUUUGAAAUUCCAAAUCUAUUUUGAGAGAUCACGAGGAGAUCUCCCAUAAACUAAAACUAAAGUGAACUUAAGGGAGAGCCGACGAGAGGUGGAGAGAUCAUGGAGGAGAUAGGCUUUUUGGGGAUCGGAAUAAUGGGGAAAGCUAUGGCCAUGAACUUGCUCCGCCAUGGCUUUAAGGUCACUGUUUGGAAUCGCACUCUUUCCCGGUGCGAUGAGUUAGUCGAACAAGGAGCUUCUUUGGGAGAAUCUCCUGCAGCAGUAGUUAAAAAAUGCAAAUAUACAAUUGGAAUGCUGUCUGACCCUUGUGCUGCUCUCUCGGUGGUUUUUGACAAAAACGGUGUUCUUGAGCAAAUAUGUGGCGGAAAGAGUUAUAUAGAUAUGUCGACUGUUGAUGCAGAUACUUCUUCAAAAAUAAAUGAGGCAAUUAUCUCUAGAGGUGGUACUUUCCUUGAAGCUCCGGUCUCAGGCAGCAAAAAGCCUGCUGAAGAUGGGCAGUUGGUUAUCCUAGCCGCUGGGGAGAAGGAUUUAUAUGGGCAAGCGCUUCCUGUUUUUGAUGUCUUGGGAAAGAAAUCAUUUUUCUUAGGACAGGUUGGAAAUGGUGCAAAAAUGAAACUUGUUGUGAACAUGAUAAUGGGCAGCAUGAUGAAUGUAUUUUCAGAAGGACUCGCGCUGGCUGACAAAAGCGGAUUGGAACAGCAAACUCUCCUUGAUGUGUUGGAUCUUGCAGCGGUUGCUAAUCCAAUGUUCAAGAUGAAAGGACCUUCCAUGAUAAAAAACAAUUACUCCCCGGCAUUUCCUUUGAAACAUCAACAGAAAGACAUGAGGCUGGCUUUGGCCCUUGGGGAUGAAAAUGCUGUUUCAAUGCCUUUGGCUGCUGCUGCAAAUGAGGCAUUCAAGAAGGCCAGAAGCUUGGGUUUGGGGGACCUUGACUUUUCAGCUGUGUAUGAGACUGUGAAGCAUGCCCAUACUUGACUCUGCAAUUUGAUUUGGACGAGGAUCUCACGGAAAGCAAUAAGACAUUACCCUAUAACACUUUAACCCUUAAUGUGCACUCUUAUGUUUAUGUCAUUUCUGUCUGCUUCUGAUUGAACUCAUUUUGUGCAAUUCGAGAAAAUCUGUGUAAUCUUUUGCAUUGUUCAUUCAUUUGGUCAAAUUAUUCAAGGCAAACAACCAGUGUCUGUACAUAUGGUAUUGUUACACAAAAAUAUUAAUGCA